UUUGGAUCUUUGUGACAACCUCGCUGGCUGCCAGUAGCUGAGAAGCCCAUCUCCCCAUUUCGCUGGUCCCAUUUCUUUUUCACUCCUCGAGCUCUUGUGCUUUACUCGUACCAGCAACUGUCAUUAUUAUCUUGACUAUAGAAGAACCAUGACAGCAGUAGUAACAGACAAGCAGAUCUCCUGGACGAGGAUCACUCCAGAAGCCGAUGCCACCCAUGGCAAGCCUUGUACUCGUAGUUCCCAUGGCCUCUCUCUGGUCCGAGGUGGCUCUCGUUUGAUUUUGCUCGGCGGCGAGCAUGUGGCUCGCACUCCCCUCGAAGGCAGCAAUCGUUAUUGGGCAGCAGACAAGACGGAUGCGAACAAAUGGCAAUGGCGCUUGAUUGCUUCGGCAGACUCGGGCCCUCCUGAACGGAUUGCUCAUGCCCAGGCAGCUCACCAAGAUCAAUUUGUUUACAUUUUUGGCGGCCGCGCCGGAAUUACCAUGGAAGAGAAGGCCAUGAAUGAUUUGUGGAAAUUGGAUUGUUCGGGUGAACCAGGAACCGAGACUUGGUCUCAGGUAGAAGCCACCAGUGGUACCCCGCCGGAAGCAAGGUCCUUUCACAAAAUGAUUUGCGUCGGCAACAAUUUGUUCGUCUUUGGAGGCUGUACAGCAGGUCAUGGUCGUGCCGCAGAUUUGCAUCGAUUUGACUUGGAAUCCAAGACAUGGUAUUCCUUGGGAACUUCGGCUCUCAGAGGACGUGGUGGACCCAACUUGCUACCCAUGGCGGGUGGGACCAAAGUGGGAGUAGUCGCUGGGUUUGCUGGUGAGGAAACGGCGGAUGGACAGUUGUUUGAUAUUGCUGCUGGCAAAUGGAACGACCAACUGCUCGAAUCCGAGUUGGAGGGAAUGAGACCCCGCAGUGUUUGCGUUUCGGGAUCAUUCCCAUCGUCGGGUUAUUCCGUGAUUUUUGGCGGUGAGGUGGAUCCGCCGGAUCGUGGCCACGAAGGUGCGGGUGCCUUCGAAAAUGAUGUGGUGGUAUUGGAUGAAACUAGUGGAGCUUUCCUGGCUUCGAUAAAGGCCAAGGGUGGAGCCUGGCCACAAACCCGUGGUUGGUCAGACUCUGCUGCUGUAGACUCCGGUAAUGGAUCAGGCCAGCUCUACAUUUUUGGAGGUUUGUCAGGAGAUGACAAGAAUCCAGAACGUUUGGACGAUCUCUGGGUAUUGGACGUACAAAAAGCUUAGACCAAUAUACGUUUUGGGCCUCCAGACGUCUAACUUGCUAGACUGAAUCACAGCAGCAUAUACGUACACCAUACUAAUUCACACUGAAUAAAACAUUUAUGAUGGCUUUU